AUGUGCAUUGACUACCGUAUGUUCUUUCGUCCAAGACAACUACAAUCAUCUGGCUAUGUAAGUACCCAACAAAAACAAGCCAUCUCGCGCACAAGCCCCGCCCCUAUGCCCGCCCCAUGCCCCGCCCUAUGCCCCGCCCCAAUGCCCCGCCCCUAUGCCCCGCGCCCCGCCCCAAUGCCCCGCCGCCCCAAUGCCCCCCAAUGCCCCGCCCCAAUGCCCCGCCCCUAUGCCCCGCCCAAUGCCCCGCCCCAAUGCCCCCGCCCCAAUGCCCCGCCCCUAUGCCCCGCCCCUAUGCUCCGCCCCAAUGCCCCCGCCCCAUGCCCCGCCCCUAUGCCCCGCCCCUAUGCUCCGCCUAUGCCCCCGCCCAAUGCCCCGCCCCUAUGCCCCGCCCCAAUUGCCCCGCCCCAUGCCCCGCCCCUAUGCCCCCCAAUGCUCCGCCCUAUGCCCCGCCCAAUGCCCCCGCCCCCCGCCCCGCCCUAUUGCCCCGCCUAUGCCCCGCCCCUAUGCCCCGCCCCAAUGCCCCGCCCCAAUGCCCCGCCCCCGGCGCCCCAAAUGCCCCGCCCCUAUGCCCGCCCUAAUGCCCCGCCCCAAUUGCCCCCGCCCCUAUGCCCCAAUGCUCCGCCCAAUGCCCCGCCCCAAUGCCCCCGCCCCCUAUGCCCCGCCCAAUGCCCGCCCCCGCCCAAUGCCCCGCCCCUAUGCCCGCCUAAUGCCCCCGCCCCAAAUGCCCCCGCCCGCCCCUAA